AUGCAAUCCGUGGCGUUGAAAGCAGUUGUGGCCCUGUGCCUGAUAUUCGCCCUCGCCUCGGCGCAGGACGAGAAGGCCACCCGAACGGCCUUCACCGCCACCAACGCUCUCAUCACCGACUCCCUUUUCGCAGGCGGCCCCGGCCGAACCUACCGCGCUGACAUCCAGUAUUGGCCCAACUCCGGCGAGGAGGCCAUCUUCUACACCAUCCCCUACGCCCUGGGAUCGUCGGCCACUGGCUCGUUCGAGGUGUUUGAGGACUUCGCCAACAAUCUGCGUUACGUUCAGUGCUCCGAGUCCUGCCGCGUGGAACCCCUCAACCGUUCCCUCUUCGACCUCACCAACGGUGCCAGCCUCACCUCGGCCACCUACCCGGCUUACGAGCGUGUGUUCAACACCGCCAGCGGUUCGACAUUCGGCUCGCUGGCUGCUCGACCCAACCUUCCGUCGCUGUGCCAGGCCCAGUCGUCGGCCAGCUCGGCCGCCGACUCGUGCAUGCCUUACGGCCUUCCCUGCGGAACGUCAUGCAUCUGCCUCGGCUGUACCGAUGGCGACAACUGCACCGUUUCGGACACCUGCGCUGUCGACAAGAAGAACCAGCUCACCUGCUCCGCUGAGCGGGUGUGCGAGUCCGCGACCGGCGCCACCGUGAUCGCCCUCAACCGUCACCAUGGCGGCGACAACAACGCCGUGGCGCUGGGCGUCGGCCUCGGCGUCGGUCUCGGCGUGGGCAUUCCUCUUGCCAUCCUUCUCCUCUUCCUCUGCUGCGUGCUUCCUCUCAUCCUUCUGCCUCUCCUCUGGUACGUGGUCAUCGCCGCCACAAAAACCCCGAAUUUUGCUGACAGGCACCCACAGCAAGCGCCGUGA